AUGUCUGACCACCCUGGAUUCAGCCUGCAUUAUCCAGGCACUACCAUGAGAGCUCCAACGUUACCCUCUCAAUCUCGGCCGCUGAGCACACGAAGUUACUUUUCAAGCCCCAUGUCCCUCGAUCGCAGUGCCCAUCCUCAGCAGCUUUGCUCCAUGCCACAAGAAUAUGCACAACUUGACCUUACCGAAGAUCAAGACUCUGGAAACUCAAAAACGAUGCUGUCGGAGCCAGUUCAUCCGGCCCUAGAAGGAUUUCCUGAUGUUCAUGCAUUCGACAAUCUGAUGGACCGAUACGUCAAGGAGCUUUCUCCCAAAAAGCAAGACAAAGCCCUCAUUCACGCUGCCAGGGCAGCCAACAUCAAAACAGUCUUGCUGGACAAGAAAACUACCCAGAUAGAAUCAGCGCAGUUCCGGUAA